UCAUAAUUAUUUUUUUUAAAUAAAUGAAUUUUAUAAUAUGCCAAAAAUACGAGAAAAUAUUUUGAUGAAAUCGUUAUCAAAAAAUAGCACCACUUUUCAUAUUGAAUUAUUUAUCCUAAUCGUACUAUUAUAUCUAGAUGGCUUCAUCUUAACGGCCGGUCCAUAUUGCCCCAAAAAUUGUACCUGCUCUUAUAUUCAAGGCUUCGUGAAAUGCGUCGGAGACCCUUCUUAUUCUAAGCAAAUACCAUCAGGUAUCAAAUUUACGAUUACCCGAUUAUCCGUCGAAAACUAUUCAAUACCCGUAUUCAAUAACCAGAAAAUAUCUAAUUUGAAAAAGUUACGAGAUUUGAAAUUGAAAAAUAACAAUAUCAUUUACAUCUCAAGCACUAGCUUCUUUGGCCUAACCAAUCUCAAUUCGUUAGAUUUAAGUUCGAAUAAAAUAACCGAAAUUGACGAUAUCGUAUUCCUGUCGUUAUACAAGCUCAAAUAUAUAAGCCUAUCCGAUAACUUGAUUCACACAAUAGGAAAUUCGUUAAGCAAACUGCCUAAAGUUUUCCAUAUCAAUUUAUCCAAAAAUCAAUUAUCCCUUGUCAGCAAUGACACAUUUGCUGGGUGCAAAGAAUUAAGAUACUUAUUUUUGGAUACCAACAAUAUCUCCAAAAUCGAAUCCUUCGCUUUCGUAAAAUUGACCAAAUUAAUCAGAUUGAAAUUGGGAUCGAAUAAAUUAGGUUCCUCUGACUUAGAAUUCGGGAACCAUAUAAACGACACUUUGCAAUAUUUGGAUAUAUCCGAGAAUGGGUUACAAAUAUUUCCUUCGUUCUUCCCUUCGGGCUUAAAAGAAAUCAGAGUUGCCUAUAAUAAUAUAACUAGUUUAGGCUAUAAAAAUUUCGAAAAUUAUUUUCAUUUGGAAUCUCUAUGGCUGAAUAACAACAAUAUUAGUGCAAUAGAAGAUGACACUUUAUCAGGGUUACUCAAUUUAACAAAGUUAUGGCUUAACGAUAACAAUAUAAUGCAGAUUCCAAAGCAUUUACCAGAAUCUCUGGUAUACCUUUAUUUACAUAAUAAUCGUAUUGGUCCGUUUUUAAACGAUUCAGAAUUUAAGGGUCUUAACGCUCUUACUAGACUCAGCCUUCAAAAUAACAAUAUACAUUACUUGUCUACAACAAUCUUCGAGGGUUGUUGUACCGACCUAAAGGCCUUGACACUUCAACAAAACUACAUUUCUUUACUUUAUAAAAGACAAUUCCACUCUCUCACCAAUCUCACUAUGUUGUCGCUCUCCAAAAAUCCUCUUCAGAUCUCGGAGGAUAAAUGCUUUGAAGGGCUGAAAAGUCUCAAAAUAUUGAAAAUGUCGAACUCUGGAAACAGCUGGAUUCAACCUUCUGAUUUACAUACUUACCUGACAAGGGCAAUGUUAGCUAGAAAGGAGGGGUAUGGCAAAAAAGAUGGGAAACCUAGUGUUUAUCAUACUGGCGAGAGUUCAUCGAAUGAUAAUUACGACGAUUACAAGGAAAUAAUGGACUUGGUAAAAAUGGGAACUUAUUACAAAAUCGAUUUGAACCUUUUUAGAGACGUUACCGGCAAUCUAGAGGUACUUACAUUGAGUAACAGCUCCCGACUAGCAAAUUAUCUACUUUUCCAUAUAAAUGGACCUGACCCAUACUUAAUAUUUUCUAAUCUGAAUGAAUUAGAGUUAGAUAACAACAAUCUGACCCAUCUACCUAGCCAGUUUCCCUCCAUGUUUCCAAAACUGAUUGAGCUCAACAUCGAUAAAAAUAAUUGGCAUUGUAAUCUAAAUAUAUUACCGUUGAUCAGUAUUCUCAACGAUCCUAUUAUAAAGGUUUCCUCCAAGGAAAAGAUAAUAUGCAGUAGCCCGGAUGUCAUGAUAGGCAAACUGAUAGCAAAUUUAACAUUAGCGGAGUUGGAAGAGUUUCCCCUCUUAAAUAAUCUUGACAACCAAACUGGCACUGAUGAUGUCAAUGACAAUGUAUUACGUUUCCAUUUUCCCAAUAUGACGUUUUCUACUACUAUUUCAACCUCAAAUAGUACUGUAAAUGAUGAUGACUAUGAUGAAGAGGACACCAAUACAACUACAUUAGAUGAAAUGACAGAUAUUUCAAAAAUAUCAACUAUACAAACUUCACCUAUGGCUGAUUUCGUCACUUUAACCAAACCCUUUACGAAUUUUGAUAUUUCUAACAAUCAUAUGAACCCAAACUUAACAAAUUCACAAUUCAUAAGAAUAACAACCGCUAUUAAACCUAAGCAGAUUAAAUUAACUGUUCCUACUCUAAAAGGCGCCGUUAAAAUUAAAAAAAGUCCCUCUCUUUGGCUUACUAUAAGCGGAAUUUUAACGAUAUCCGCUGCUAUUUUUAUCCUAUCCCUAAUUUGCUUUAAAUGUAAACCGCUCCUAAAAUGUACUCGAUCUUACAAGCCAUCACAGAAAUCGUUCGCUUAUUCCAACUUUAGCGACGAAGAAAAUAAUCAUAAUCACACCUCAACUUUGCUGGGGCAUAGCUUCGAAACUAGAAAUAAAGAUAAAUCAAUUGAAAAGGAGUCCGCGGUGACUUAUCAUUUUAAGAGAGGAUCAAGUAAUAUAAAAAUUUUGCAGACAUCAUUUAGUGAUUAUUUGCAGGCGAAAAAGGAAAAUAAAACCAUUUCACAGCCUUUAGGGAGUAUAGUGAAUAUUUUAGAUCAAGGUCAUAGUUUAGCCGGGGAGCCAAUUGAUCCUGUUAAAAUGUUUGGUGAAAAUGGGAGUAGGAAGUAUUGAUUUUAAUAAAAUUGAAAUGAUACACUUUCUGUUUUAGAUUAUUAUUUUUUUUAAAAAACUUAAAUUUAAUUUUAUAAUGUAUUAAUACAAUUAAUAUAAUUGUGAAUUCUAUAAAAUUUAUUAAAAGUUAUUGUUUAUGACAUUGUUUUGCGAUAAUCGAAUUGUUUAUAAAACAAUAUUUGAAUUAAUACGUUAUCUAACCAAUUUUUUUACAAUUAUCAUCAGUCAACAUUUUUAAUUCGUUUUUUUAAAUACAAUUUUUCUAUUAAUUUUUGUAAAAACAAUCAUAGGGUCAAAUUAGAAUUA